AUGUACAUUGACGACGAUGGAAAGCUUCAGAUCCGCACAUCAGAUUCAAUUGCGGGCUGCGGCGGCGCUAUCUUCACACCAGAAGUGACUGACCGCUUCAUGGAGAUGACAGCCCCGAACCCUCAAUCAAAUAUGCAGUUUGCUCAAUCUAGCCAAACGUCUUCAUCAUGGGGCGUGCAACCCUCACCGGAAUGGUUCAACACCGGCCAAACCCGACCAGCCGAAAUGAUUCCGUGCGAAUGGCAAUCCAACCAAAGCCGACGAAAGCGACGCGACAUGAAGCGAACAGGAAUGGUUCGUCCGCCCCCCAAAGCCGCCUCGCCUCCUCCUACUCCGUCACCCGGACGCACUAUUCUUCGAGUCGGGAAUCAAGAUCUGUUGCGACGAUACUAUGAAAAGGCUUUUGAGGAUUUCCAACAACUGAACUGUCGCGCCAUUGCCAAGUCGUACAUCAAGCUUGUUGAGCCUCGGAAACAGGUACAUUUCCCAUACAACGGACGCAAAGUGAUUGCAGGCGUAUCGCAACGGGUUGAUCCUGAGAUGACCAAACCUGGAUGGUGGCCUGCCGGUGUCUUGCAUCGAGAACCAGACCAUCUUCUUAAGCGAGGUAAGUCACGAUACUUAGGCGAUAAGGUCUCCGAACUAACUAAAGAGAAGACCGACUACGACUGCUCGUUCACAUCUUAUCAGCCCCCCAACCGACUGCAGGUCCUCGAUGAGAUAUAUUUUGUGCGUCAAAUGGAAGAGCGUUUCCUAAAUGGGGAAAUUGACGCGAACACAUUGGUCCAAGUGACCCAAACCCAUCUUCCCGACGUGAUCUACCAAGAGGACGAGCUGUCUUCCGGAGUCCACGCCGCACCCGCCAUGUCUCUUGAUGACGAGGACGACAACGACAACGACCAACUCUCAGGUCAAGACUCCCAGCUUGACGAAGCCGACUCAUACCCCGUUGGCAACCAAAUGCCCCCUUCUCCCUCGCCCUCUACAAGCCAAUCCAGCGGACCACACAGCCCGACUGCUAGCUUCAGCUCAUAUCCAAUGGGUAUGGCACCACAAAUGAUGCCGCAGGGGUCCCCAACCGCUCACAAAUCAAUGGCCGCCGACCAGGGUUACAUGUCCGGCUAUUACGGCCAACAGUUCAUGCCUACCGAGAAGCCUCCUGCCUUCUGGUCUGGCAUGUCUCAUGUACCACACGUGCCACAUUUCGGAUACUAA